UUGUUUAUUGUGUUUAUAGCAUAAAUGACAGCUUACUGUCAAGUACUCCAAAAACAAAGUUAUUUCUACAUUCGAACAAACAAACAAGGAACAAAUAUAAGAUUUUUUUAAUUAAUUAGUUUUUAAAAUAAAAAAACAUGGAGAUUAUUAAUUCAGAAUUAAACGUUCCUUUUAAAUACAUGCAAUUCGUCGAUGAGAGAAUAUGUGUGACAGUGAACAAAAAUUGGCUAACUAAUUUAAAAAACAUUGGAAAAAUUAAUUUUAUCACACACGAACGUUUGUCUGUUGAUGAAAUAGCUGCACAACCUCCUCUCGAAGAACUAGGAUCUAAUUGGACUCGUAUUUAUAUAAAAAUUUAUGAGAAACAAUUCAGUGAUGCGAUACCAUUACCCAGGGAUAAACAUUCCACAAAUAUAAAAAUUCAAUCAGAUCUUACAUUUUCACAAUUAUUACGUUACGUUUCAGAAACAAAUUAUCGUAAUUUAUGGAAGGAGUCUUAUAAAAAAUAUUAUAGUAUAUGGAAUUUAUAUGAAUCUAAAGAACAGCCAUUAUUAACGCCAAGCAGUGAUGAUAUUGCAGUGAUGCAUGAAGUAUUAUCUCGACUUUACAGUUGUCCUUUGAUACACAUAAAAGACAGUAAAGUCAUUUCAGUAACUCCUGGUGUAAAUGACAGCAAUAAUUUACAUUGCAAUCUUUUACCAGCGAUGUUUGCUAUUGAAACAUCAUCAGCUUUCAUGUUCUUUCAUGAGCAAAUAGCUAAAUUUUCCCUCCAAGAGUGUGUGAUGUAUAGUCCUGCCACAUUAUCGACAAGUUACAAUAAACCUUUAUUUUUAGUCUAUCAAUUACUACAUUUAUCGAGAGAUCUUCAUGACUCGGGACUUGCUCUCGGUGAAAUAACUCUCAGUGAUAUUUUAUUAAUGGAUAAUUAUAUAAUACAAGUACUGCCUAAAUUGGAUGACAAUAUUUAUUUGAAACCUGACGUCCAAACUCGCGCUCUUAUUGAUGAAAAAAAAAAUUAUUCUACUGUUAAAAAAUCGUUUUCUAGUCCGUCAAAAAUAGACGGCACAAAAGGACCAAAUUUUGGUUUUAAUCAAAAUAUUGAAACACUCUGUGAGAUGUGGAUCUAUGGCCAGCUUAGUAAUUUCGAUUAUUUGACAGCGUUAAAUAAUUUAGCUGGACGUAGAUUUGGUGAUCCUAGUUGUCACCACGUGAUGCCUUGGGUAACAGAUUUCAAUUCAAGAUCUGGAAAAAAUUGGCGAGAUCUUACGAAAUCAAAGUUUCGAUUAAAUAAAGGCGAUAGGCAGCUGGACUUGACUUUUAAUUCUCAAACUUCUGAAGUAGGUCAUCAUGUGUCUGACGUUUUAUCAGAAAUAACAUAUUAUGUAUACUUAUCUCGACGGUACUCAAGAUCCGUACUCUGUAAGCAUGUGAGGUCACACUGGGUUCCUUGGGAGUAUCCAGCAUCCAUUCAACGGCUCCAAGAAUGGAGUCCAGACGAAUGUAUUCCACAAUUCUUCACAGACCCUAACGUUUUUAAAUCAAUCCAUGAAGAUUUACCAGACCUGGAGUUGCCAAGCUGGGCCCGGUCACCCGAAGACUUUAUCGAGAAGCAUCGUGAGGCACUGGAGAGUUUCUACGUGUCGGAGAGACUGCAUCACUGGAUAGACUUAACAUUUGGCUAUAAACUAUCCGGUUUAGCAGCUAUUAUAUCCAAGAAUGUUUGCUUACAACUUGUUGACAAUCAUACAAACUUGACCAAUUCUGGGGUAGUUCAGCUUUUUACGUAUCCCCAUCCUCAGAAAAUAGUCCCUUCACCGUAUUGGAGUAAAACAGCGCCUAGAAUACGCAAUUUGACGCCAAAAAAAUCAAAGACUGACAAAUCUGCAGACAAAACAAGCGACGACGAGGGCCAUAGUUCUGGUUUUGAAGAAGUAGAAUCACCUGUCACACUAAACGUAACAAGAUCAUCUCCAUUAGCUCUAAGUCGCUUACUGAGUCGCUCCCGCGGAUCUCUAUUAACCACGGAUGACAAUUCCCGCUCAGAAAAGUCAACGCAAACAAUCCAACUUCCCAAAGAUUACAAUCCCGCAGCCGCGCUUAAUCAAGUAGAAUCAAUGCACUCGUUUAUCAGCAAAGUGUCUCACCGAAUUUACAAUCCCGAAAUAACAAACCAAACGGGCUUCACAAGCUACAGACAAGUAGUAGCUACCGCUCGCAUCAAAGAGCAACAGAUCCUCGGCUGUUUGAUCGUAGAAAUUUUCCUCCCGAGUAAAUUUCGCGCCACCUGGAAUACCAGCAAGAUUUCAUUCGCUCAAAGACUCGAAACUUGCGUCAACGUAUUGACUAAAUUUCCGGAUUUACUUCCUAAAUGUGUGAGAAACGCGGUGGCUCUCCUGCUGCAAGUCGACAUUAUUCCUAAGAGUUACGGAAUUACAGGUGAGAACGAGCAACCAGCAACCUUUCGGUACCCCACAGUGACAUCAAUGGGCUUACCACCGCCCUCAGCUCACCAAUUCCUCCAACCAAUUCUUUCCACAAAUCUUCUACCUUACUGUUAUUUCCAACACCUGUUCCACGUCGUAGAAAUGCUUCAAGAGUACAGCAGCUUAGUCCGCGAAUUAAAUUCCCUUAUUCGCGAAGACGAACCCGAGGCAUUAAAAACCCGCGUUCAAUUUUUAUGCAAAAUAAACGAGUGUAAAGUAAAAUCACUUGCCCGAGAAUUAGAUAGACUUUUACAAUCUCAAACGCGAAAUUCAAGUGACUUUAAUUCUAUUUUACAAUUAAUUGUUCCGCAUAUUAAACAAAUAAUGGAUGAACCCUACAGCGCAGUUUUAGCAGCUUGGUAUUUACUCGAUCCAAUUGCCAAAGCACUAGGCCCUAAAGACACUGCGGAAACAUUUCUCGCCCCAAUUAUUAAAUUAUACGAAAAUGGUUCUAUAAUUGAUAGCAAUAUUUACGCAGAUUAUUUAUCACCAUCAACACUCGCUAAAUUCCGUACAAUGCGACUCUACCACCGAAGUUUCCUUCUUAAACUAACGGUACGUUUAGGCCUUCGAAGAUUUCUAGAGAAUUUUAUAACACCGCUUGUAGAAGCCGUCGGUUGUUACCGAGAUCACCCUCAAGCUUUGAAUAUAAAUCGUCAGCGCGCGGGAAAUUUAAAGAGCUGCGAUUUGAGUGAAAAUUCUGCAGACGGAGAAAUUGUUUUGUCCCCUUUAGACGAGGACUCUUCAGUAGACUCCGAGCAGAAUUUAAAUUCCGUUACUCUAGCUUGUGAUCUAGAAAAUUCACGUGACACCCCCACAAUUGAAAACGAAGUUGAGGAAGUUUUCACGAUGGAAACGGAGGAAACUCUAUCUCCUACGGAAAAACUUCCUCAAGAUCCACAUUUAGUGUUAAAUUUGAAUCUAAUUGACGACCUUAUUGACGAAAGCGUGCGCAAUUCUCCUCCCGGUACUAUAAAAUCGCCUACUAUCCCAAUCCCCAAAAGCGACCGGGGGAUAAAAUUAGUCGCAGAUUUUAACACUAUUGGCUGCCACGUGGGAAGUAAAACUUCCAGUGAAGAUUUGCCACUUUCAAGCUCAUACACCGGAACCGUACAAAUUUCAACUUUAGACUUUGAUUCGGAAAAAACUAAGUCUGUUUUUGAACCAGUAGCGGUCGACGAUGAAUUAGAUGAAUCUGGGAAGAAUAACGACUCGCAUUUGCCGUCAAAAGAGUGCAAAGUCUCGGAAGUAAGCGCUGAGUCGGUAAUCUGGCUGUCUCAUCGCUUAGGUCCGGUUCUUACAGCUCGUCACCUUUCAAGAAAUCUUUUGCGAAUGUUAACACUCUGUUACGCCGGGAGCAAUAAUUUACUUCCUAUAGACGAAGAUUUGUACUCUGAGGAACUUCACUGGAGAAAAGUCCGAUUAGUAGGGGAUGUAAACGCGAUAAAAGUUCUAGAAUCUUUGACAGCAAUUGCAAAUUUGUACGGAGAGCAGAUGAUAAUCUUGCAGUAUUUCGGUCACAUGGCGGAAUUAUUAACUUUAUGUAAGCGUAAACUGACUCCUAAUUUAGAAGGCGGAUUGGUUUCUUGUCUUGCAUUGCUGUCGUUUGUAACUCCGUGCCUCGGCGACGCUUCGUUGAUGGACGCGUUGUAUGAAACGAUAGUAAAAUCUAUUUUGCAUCCAGCUGUAAGAAUUCUUUCUACCACUAGAUACUCAUUUCCCAGCGGCGUAAACGCGCGACUUGCACUAGCUAACAAAUGUUUGGAAGUUUUAUCAAGCUUCAGCAUUCGUCUUGGAAGCGCUACCACAAAAUCCCACCUAUCAGUACCGAUUCAAAGAUUCUUUUUAGCCUUUGACAAGGUAUUUACCCAAAAUCUAAUUCAAGAUGAAGAAAUUGCCAAAAAACGGGAUAGAGAUAGUAAAAAAAUCAACGAACGCAGUGAAAUUUUGAAAGAUUCGCACGAUUGGACGCUAGUAGACUCUUCUUCAGUGGGAAUUCAAACUGCAGUUACGGACAUGGCUGUAUCGUUUUCUCCCCCGAUAAUAGAUAGUGACGAAUCUGACCCUCAGAGGAAUCAAGCUUUUGAAGAGCUCAAAGCGGUUUUUACCCUAGAAUUCGCUCACAAAGCGUAUCUGCUUUUUUACCGCCACUUAGACGAAGGCACGAUGGAAGACUUGUUGAAGAACCAUCAAUUGAUCCGCGAUCUUUGCGAAAAAUAUGAACAAACUCUACCGACUUGUGAUAUCGGCUCCAGCAAAUCUGACCCAGCGUAUUUGCAAACAGAAACUUUAGAAGAUGAUGUUGUAAAAGGAGUCGGAAGCUUUGGGAAUAUUUCUGUGGUGGGUAAUAGAAUUGAAGUUGGUGAUCAGGACAAUUUUAACUUAUCGAGCCGCGAAGGAUCUGCGGCUCAUGGUCGGCAGCUUCGGGGGAAUUGGCUUGCUUAUUGGGAGCAUGAAAUCGGACGGCCUGAUAAAGACUUGACUUUUAAUAUCAAACAGAUAAAACUGCAGAGUUUCAAUGGACACACUAAUAGUGUGAGGUGUCUGCAUGUUCUAGACAAUGAAAACAGUUUUAUGAGCGGAGCUAGGGAUAAAAGUGUUAAACUUUGGAGCAUUAGGAGCCAAGGUGACGGUACUGGAGUUUCUUCUUGCCAAUAUACGUACACAGGCCACAAAAAGUCUAUUUUAGCGCUCACGUUUUUGGAAUCUAUGAGGUACGCUGUUACCUGCGACGGAACGGUGCAUUGUUGGGAUCCUUUUAUGGGAUCUUUGUUAGGGUGUCCUGAAAGCUCGAGGCAGGCUCCGGUUAAUGCUCUUGCUGCCAAUAAUACUCCUUCUACGUCGCUGUUAGCAGCGACUACUGAUGUCACUCUUCAUGUCAUAGAUUGCCGCACUUUUAGCUACGUUAAUGAACUCAAGGUAGCUAUCAAUCCUGCGGGGCUUAUUAGGUGCAUUGCUGUGGCGCCCAGUGGCCAUUGGGUAGCUCUAGGGCAGGCUUCAGGAGUCCUUACGAUUCUGGAUAUUAGGACUGGGCUGAUAAUUGCGUCGUGGAAAGGCCACGAGUGCGAAAUUUUACAACUAGAAGCGGUUAAUGAGACGACUAUCGUUAGCUCGUCGCUGGACCAAACUAUCGCAGUCUGGAGCGCUGUUGAUGGGAAACUUAAGUUUCAUUUAAAAGGCGCCACUGAACCGGUUCAUUGUAUGGUGCUGUAUGAACAGCAAUUGAUUUCUGGGACUACUGCUAAUAGAAUUGGAGUGCAUGCGGCGGUUGAUAAUACUGCGGUGUUUUCUUCUUCUAAAUUAAAAUCUGACGCUUUUAAAGGUGUUUUGACUACGAUGACUGUACUACCGCUCAAUAGAUUACUUUUACUUGGAUCUGAUAACGGUGGAAUUACUUUACUGUGUUAAUUUAUUUAUAUAUUGAAAAUAUA